AUGAUGGAGUUCUUUGACUUCGAUGAGGCUGCAUCCGGCUCUUACGUGCGGGACGACGAUGUCGCCUCUGAUCUUAUUGAGAUAGACGAGAAUGAUGCUAUCGCGAGUUACCAGACUCUUUUACAAGAUUGUGCCUUGGAAGAUCCCAGCGCUCAUUCGGGCCAAGUCGCCGGCGAGGGUGUCAUGGCUCAUACACCUGACCCGGAGGGAGUUUAUCCCAUGUUUCGCGCCAAAGACCCAUGCGAUUUCUGCAGGAACAUGGGCCUAGACUGCUUCAUGGCGAAGCGAGGAGUGAUGCAAAAGAUCGGCUGUACUUGCUGCAUCUCGCUUUACCGCGAAUGUAGCUUCACCCACACAGUGCCCGCUGGCAAAUUCUUGGACACAUUACAUCCAAUCUCUGAGAAUAUCGAUAUUCCCACCGGUGGCCUGACUGGAAAAAAGGCGCUCAAAUCCCUUUCCGGCAUCACAGAAGACAUCGACAACCGCGCGAGAAAGAACAGCUCUCGGCUUUCCCGAGAGGCAGUACGGAUUCUCAAGACAUGGCUCAAUGAACAUAGCGACCAUCCAUAUCCUACCGAGGAUGAAAAGGAGGAAUUGAAGUUGCGCACAGGGUUAAGGCGCACUCAGAUCACCAAUUGGCUUGCCAAUGCUAGACGGCGUGGUAAAGUACGCUCUGCUGUGCCUGGCGCGGUUGAUAUCCCUAGGCAGCCACAAGCCGAUCCCACGCUCAUGACGCCUCUGGAGCGAUGGAAGCACUCCCCCCCUGAAAACGAACCGGCUGCCAUGUCCAACAUUUUGCGGGCUUUAGAGGACACGUCCCUUGAAGUGCGUCAUGGAUCCCAGUCUGGUCACGUGCGCUCCCAUUCUCGGAGAACUGGGUCUAGCAAUGACUCAAGCCAUGCCAACUCGAAUGUUUUUGAUGCUUCUUCCCUACACAGCAGCCAUGAAGCCAGUCACUCAGCUACUCGCUCCUCUGUGUCUGACCUCUCCUUUGCCUCUGCCUUUUCUCAUCGCUCCUCUCGCGGGUCUCUCGGCUCUAUGGACCGUAAAGAACGACGUCGCCGCCGCAAGCCUUCAACACCUGCAAACACAUUCGCUCUUCACAAAGCCAAGAGCGCGAGGAUAUAUCAAUGCACUUUCUGCGCCGAUACCUUUCAAACCAAGUAUGACUGGCAGCGUCAUGAAAAGUCACUGCACUUGGCCCUUGAGAAGUGGACCUGUGCACCCCAUGGAGGUGUGGCCUUUUUAAAUGGUGCCAAUCGUUGUGUAUUCUGUAUGGCCGUCGAUCCAGACGAUGACCAUCUUGAGGCACACAAUUAUAGCGCCUGUGCAGAAAAGAGUGUCGCUGAGCGGACCUUUUAUCGGAAAGACCAUCUUAACCAGCAUCUCAGGUUGAUGCAUAAUGUGCGGUUCGAUCCAUCAAUGGAUAAAUGGCGGAGUCACACCACAGAAAUCAUAUCUCGAUGUGGUUUCUGUGGAGUCACCUUGACCACGUGGAAAGGGCGAGCUGACCACCUCGCUACUCACUUCAAAAAUGGUGCUGACAUGGCCCAAUGGCAAGGUGACUGGGGUUUCGAACCUGUUGUGCAGAGCCUCGUCGAGAACGCAAUGCCUCCUUACCUUAUUGGGCAUGAGCGCGAAACUCUUAAUCCGUACAAGCUCUCCCAGCGUAACGUCGCGGCACCCGGCCUGUCGGUUCCAGAAGAUGCCAAUUGUUUUGACCGUCUCAGGCGAGAACUUCUCGCGUUUGUACGAGAGCAUAUGGCGAAUGGUUCCAUUCCCACAGAUCAGAUGAUUCAAGAUCAAGGUCGACGAACGAUAUACGGCUCCGAUGAUCCCUGGAAUCAAACUUGCGCCGACAACCCUACCUGGCUCAGUGUUCUUAAGCGCGAGGCGGGGCUUGAGCUUGAACCAGGGUCGGAGCACAUCCAGUUUGCCAACCUAGGCAUGCGACCACCUUAUGCGUCUCAGGAAGGAUUGCGGCAACCACCAGUGUGUCUUCGCCAGUCGUGCCCGGGCUCAGGAUAUACUGGCUCCGGCUUCCAGAGCCCAGCCAUUCCUGGUACCGGCCAAUCGUCCGCUGCUCCAAGCGGCCCUGGAAGCUUAGCUGGUAGCUAUGCGGGCAGUGCGGGGCAGUUCACAGCUGCUCGACACUCACACGCUGGCUUGUCGACCGACUGGGGUAGUAGUGUGUCUGCUGGGGUAUCGUCAUUCUCUACUCCUUUAAGCACAUCUGUCGACCCGUUUGUGCAAAUGGGCUUUGACCCGGAGUUCCUGCAACAGCUCAGUGAUCGGUACGAUGAGCAACUACCCAUGGAGGGCUUGCAAGACCUGAGCUAUGGAGUUGACGAUGGAACUGGAGGAGGUUUCGACACGAGCAACAUUGGUGAUCCUAUGGAUAUGUCGGGAGUCGUCACUAGUGCCGCGACGGCCCCGAUUCCCAUCCCUACGUCGAAGCAACUCGAGGUUCCGAUGCCUGAUGCUCUCCAUCGGCCAGAUAUUCGAUCUCAAGGCGGCACUGAUGGACCCUGA